AUGGUUUUAAUCCUACCAACCACGAUAUUCGAUACUGAUGAAGCCGAGCUUCAGCUACAACUAUGCAGUGUUAUCAUCACUCGUUCAAAAACCGGUGCGACGAUCGACGAAAUCAUAGAGGACUAUCUAGAGCUGACCGGAGAACAGUUGCUGGACAUUUUUUUCUCCCGCACAACCCUUAUCAGCUACUUGUUAACACUCAAAAGAGUAUGGUACUCGACCGACGGUCGCAACGGUUUAGUUUUGUGGUUUUGCAGCACACCUAAGACAAAGCACGUGGUGAACAUGAUUAAAAAGCAGCGCUCACCCCGGGGCGCUAGUAACAGCUACCGACGCUACAUGCCACGUGGUGUACCCCUGAACAACAUUACGUCCUGGCAAGUUCCCUACGGUAGUGAAACCACCUACAUGUCGGUGAAAAACGAGGAAUACAAACAACAGACGAGGCUGGUGGAAACUUCGCGUCCCAAGCGAACGUUCCGCUACCGUCAUCCCGCUCGUACGGAUCGAGCAAAUCCUUACACGCGGCCGACCUCCCGCUGCGGUAUGCAGCACAAGCAAUUACGGUCUAACGAAUUGGAUUUUUCCAUGUAUGGACCAUCGUACCGUCGACACCAGUUGCUAGGGGAUGACUUUUUCCUUGCCAUAGCAAAAUGGGAGUUAGGAUUUUCGUUCGAUCCAGGCCACACAAUUGACAUGAGUGGAUUAUGCGUCUCUGGACUAACACUCUCCGAGGCGGCCAAACGGGUCGAAAUGGCACCACACAUCGCGGAUCAGAUACUGGUCAACGUUGGAAGCGUCGAUCUGCUGCACGGUCGUCCAAUGAUCGAUCUCAUACAUGACUUCGACCAGUUGAUGGUACGCUUCCGUGAACGCAACGUAGAGCCGAUCGUAACGACACUAACACCGAUUGCUAACUGCGGUGGCCGUACUCCUAUGGCACAGCGGUUGCUUAAAUUCAACGAAUAUAUCUGCCGCAUGUGCCCGCGGCAUAUCGAUCUGUGGAAACAUUUUGUUCACAGUGACGGUACAACCCGGUUCGAGUGCUUUCAGCCUGGUCCACGCAAAGUCUCCGGCAGCAUUAUGCCACACGUGUUGUGGAAUAAGCUCGGUCGGCAUAAUCUGCUGAAUGUGCUGGGAAACGAAAUAGCGACUCAGCUCACCACUGACGAACAGUGGAGAUAUUACUGAUAACGAGGGCAUAGUUCCUUUUACGCUUUCAUUUAUCCAUCCGUUACUUCUUACGUAGCUUACUUACUUUUUUAAGAGUAGCUUUCUC